AUGCGCGAUGGGUUGCCUCGAGUCGUAAACCGUUAACGCAUGCGUGGUAGAGCUCAGGCGGGGGACGCGGAACAGUAACCACAGCAUCCUGUUUACACUGGGAGUGGAGGGAAAGUUCAAAUCAGGAGCUAAAAUGAUUUCAGUUCCUCUCGCAUUUUAACAUAACAGUCUGUGGUUGGUUUAUGUUAAUUCUGCUAAGAUAUGCCUCCGAAUCUGGUUGACAGAUGGGUCGAGGAGAAUAAUAACAUCGCUAAAAAGUGGAAGGAAUAUGAAACUCGCCGACAGCCUCUUCGGGACAUAAGAAAACACUGUUAUACUGAGUGUCUCAAACUGCAACAAAAAGUUCAAGGUGUGCCAGCCCAAACAGGGCACCUUAAGCUUGAGAUCGCCGUUACAUACAAUGCUUUGCUAUUUUCGCUGAGUUGCGGCACACCAGACGAGACAAAGGAUUGCAUCACCAAUAUCCUAGUAAGAGCAUUAGAGGCUGUACAUAAGCAGGUGCCCAGUUAUGAUUUGGUUCAAUUAUGGCAAGUUGUGCUGAAGACUUUCGGUGGUACGGUAUAUGAGCCGUGGAUCCAUAAACUUCUGCUGAUUCAGUGGGCAGUCUGGCUCUCCGAACGCCGCUAUGAAGGAAUCCUGCAUUUGCUUCUGCAGGUUAAUCACAAAAGCACACCAUCAGGGGAUCUGCUUGCAGAAACCCGAAACCUUACCUUCUCUAUCGAAGAAGACGCCUCCCUGCUCACUGCUUUAGCAACCAAGGACCUCAAGGAGCUUUUGCAUGUGUGCACUUUUAUUUCUAAUGGAGUGGAGCAGAUGAAGGAAGAGAAAUAUAUGGAGGCUCUCGUGGCUUUGCAGGAAGCCAGCACUCAGCCCUCACCCAGAGCUCUCUUGGCUCAUGUUCACAUGCUCACAGGCAUUUGCUAUGCCAAGUUGCAACAGCCCCAGAGUGCCCUUCAGUGUUACAGAAAGGCCUUGGAAGUGGAUUUUCAUUGCCACAGGGCCCUUUAUCAGAGCUCACUAGUAUACAGACAGCUGGGUAACACUAAUGCAGAAAUAGAGGCCUUGUAUCUCCUGCACUCUGCUGUAAUGUUGCAUGCUGAGAGUGAUCCAUCAAGUACAUCAGUGCCAUUGAUAUCUCCUGAUAUACUGCUUGGUAGUAAACAAAUCGGCUUCAUCUGCCAAAUUCCAUCUCCUCUUCAUAUAUUACACACUCUGGGGCAUAGAUGUGUGCUAAAUGACAGGACUUCAGAAGGAGCUGAAUAUUAUCUCGACCUCUUGGCUUCUUUACAGUCAGACUCAAAACAAAUACCUGUGGAUGAUGGCUUGUCAUUUCCAAGAAUUCCAGUGAUCUACCUUGAAGCAGCCUUUGCCCUUUUAAAAGCCAAACGUGUUUGGGAUGCCCUUGCCAUUUGUGAUGAGGUCAUUGCUAAAACUGUUGACAUCCUCCCAGACAAAUUGUUGAUUACGCCAUCGGCAGCUUCCAGAGAACUCGUACCUCCGAUGUUGGAAGCUGAUGCUCUGGAGGAGAAGCUGGAGUGUGUGCUCUGGUCUGGAGCUGCUUACUCCCUCCAAGGGCAGGCGCAUUUCCAGCUCAAAGAUACAAAAGAAGCAUUGACCAAUUUUACUAGAGCUAUCAAUCAGUUGGUGAAAGUAUGCAUUAAACAGAAAGUGAAAGAUCGAGGAGCUGAGAGAGGAGCUGCUGAUCACACAGUGAUGUUCCUGGAAGCUCUGAAAGGAAAGGUGCUUGCAUUUAGAGCUGUGUGUUUUGUAGAGAGAGACCAGUUGAAGGAGGCUUUAAGGGACUUUCAGCUCAGUCUUCAGGCCACGCCAGGAUGCAGAAACAUUGAAAUGUGGCUGGUGGAGAUGAUGUGGAGGCUGGACCGCAAGCAGGAGGCAGCGGCCAUGUGGACGCAAAUCCUUAAUUCCACACAAUCAUCAACACCAAUAGAUCUGCCUUUGUAUCUGCAAACAUGGAAUGAGGAUCCAACAUCUUUUGACCAGAGCAGCCUGAAGAGGAAAAUGGAGGAAUUUAUACAGAAUAGUUUUGUAACAGCUUAGUAACAUUGCAUCAUUCUCCUCUGAGCAUUUACAUAAUGACUUUUGCUUGAUUAUCUUGAUUAUCCUGGUCAUCCAUCACAGGACAUCACACACGCACAGCUGAGCCACCUACCAGCAAUAUUUGGGUAGGUGGCAGGAAACUGGAGUACAUAAAUGUAACUUAUGGGUAUGUGGGAAUAACAUGCAAAACCACACAGACUCAGGGGCUCAGGAUCAAACCCUGGAUUCGGGCACUACAAGGCAUCAGCGCUACUUGCUGCACCACCUGCUGCCCUUUUUUUUCCUCGACAUGUGGAAUUGUAUACAAUGUAUACCUAGAAAAUAAACAUUUUUAAGAUUAUUUGAGAUUAUUUUCAAAAUUGUAAAUACUUUGAAAUACAUGUUUUUGGGGUUAGAAUAAAGAUCAUGCUAUAUUGCCAGAGAAUGUAUCAUCAUAAGAGUUUAUAAUGGCUUACUCUGUUACUAAGCAGAUAGGAAUUUAGUUUUGGGCAUCACCUGAUACCCAGAACUUUGAUAUCUUUGAUAUCUCAAUAACUUUGAUAUAUGGAAAAAGUAGAAUCUGUGCAUGCUUCAUUCUCUGUUUAAAGAUUAUUUGUUACUAUUUAUCAUAUGUGUACAAUGUGCCUUUAUUAUGAAAUAACUUCAAUAGCCAGUGUAAGUUUGGUAAAGGGAGCCAUUUGACAUUGGACACCUGACCAUCACACCCAUAUAUGCUUGAUGAACAUCCCAUUCCAGAUUUAGUCCCUUUUACUGUUAUAAUAAGCUCCACUCUUCUGGGAAGGCUUCCCACUAGAUUUUGGAGUGUGGCUGUGCGGAUUUGCACAUUCAGCCACAAGAGCAUUAGUGAGAUCAGGCACUGAUGUUAAAUGAAGGGGCCUGGAGUGCAGUCGGUGUUCCAGUUCAUCCUAAAAGUGAUCAGUGCUGUUGAGGUCAGGGCUCUGUGCAGGACACCCAAGUUCUUCCACUCCAACCUUCACAAACCAUGUCUUCAUGGAGAUUGCUUUGUGCACAGGGGCAUUGUCAUGCUGGAACAGGUUUGGGCCUCUUAGUUCCAGUGAAGGGAAGUUUGUAAAACUACAGCAUACAAAGUCAUCCAAUACAAUUGUGAGCUUCAAACUUUGUGGCAACAGUUUGGGGAAGAGCCAUAUAUGGGUGUGAUGGUCAGGUGUCCACA